CGCCUGUCUGAAGAGCGGCCUGAAGAACAGGAGGAAUCCAACAAUAUCGCAAUGGCGUCACCAGUCGGCGUGCGCCUCGCCUACCUCCGUCGCUUCAUCAGCGACCACGGCGGCGAAGCAUCCUUUGCUGGCACGACGACCGCCGACGUCUGCUUUGAGUUUGUCGUACCUAUGACCAAACCCUCGGGGCUCUCGCUCGUCGACCAUCUCGCCAACGACUCGACGACCACCGCGUACGUUGCGCCGGCCAACUGGUAUGUCAGCCACGCCUGGCAGUACCUCUUCUUGGAGACCGUCAACAGCCUCGAGUGCUUCUUCGCCGACCAAGGCGUGCUCGCGGACGCCGUCAUUUGGUUUUGCGUCUUCAACAACAACCAGCACGUGGCGGCGCAGUCGUUUGAGCACUGGUCGUCGACGUUCAAGACGAGCUUGGCGGCCAUCGGCAACGUGGUCAUGAUCAUGCACCCGUGGAACGACCCGAUCGUGCUCCGCCGGAGCUGGUGCGUCUUUGAGGCGUCCGAGACUACGGUGCCAAGCGACCGCGACGGUAUCUUUGCUUUGAUUCGCGCCGAGACAUCGUUCAUUGCGGUGGACCGGCGUCUCUUUUCAACCCUGUCUCCAUGGAUCAAGACGACACUGGAGGCGUCGAUCGCAGCGUCACGCUCGCCGCUGGAGCAAGCAGCGUUGUCGCGCCAUCUCGGCUGCGUCUUUGACGACGAACAACUCUAUGCCGACGCCGAGCGCUGCCACCGCCGUGCGCGGGACCUCUAUCGUCAGUGCCUCGGCGACCACCACCAAGAGACGCUCCUCUCGCAAGUGCGGGUGGCGUACGCGAUGGGCCACCAGUCCAAGCCCCGCACCGAGUGGGAACUGCUGCUCACCGCUACGAUCACCGCGCAAGCGUCCCUACUCGGCGACAACCAUGCAGACGUACUCGCCGCGUCCUUCUACCAUGGCGAUUUAUCAAUCAUAUGUCGCCACCUUGGCAAUGCGGGACCCAAGGUCAGCGUGUAGUAUGAUGCAGCUACAUGUUGGUGGCACAAAGCCAAAUGUUGGUGGCAACAUUAUUGUCAUGUGGCAAAUCGGAG